CUGCGACUUGCCUGAUUUUGGCAUCCUCCCGUUUUGGCUAAGUGGCGGUUGGAAACGCAUGGCACAGCUGGAAUCGAUUGCAGAGUGGGUAGUGCCCGACCCCACGGAAGUGGACAUUUCGAAGACGUCUGGCGCAGACUGCUCAUAGCUCCCAUGGCACUGCGCGGGGAAGAAGGUUGGCAUGCGGCGCACGCAGCGGCCUUCGGGCAGGAAAGGUGGCAGGAGUUGGCUCUGGCGAUGGAGCGCGACCACGAGCAUCUCUGCUACCUGAACCCCUUCCUUCCGGCCUCGGAGAUGGAGGUGAUCCAGCAGGACUACAGCCUUGAGCCCAGCUCCGUUCCCGGCGCCUACGACUUCAUGGUGCCCGAAAACUGGGAGCGCCAGUUUCCAGUGGUGGACGCUAGCGACGAGCGGCACCUCUUCGUGGAUCUGGUCCGCCCUGAGAGGCAUGAAUUGGAGCUGCGGGGGCCGGGCGAAGAGCUGGCGCCUUUCGUGCUGGCGGAGGGCGCUGCCCUCAUCGUCGCCAGUGCGCUGCAAGCGGAGGAGGGCGACCACGUGCUAGACGCCUGCGCCAACGGCACCACGUCGUUGGUCUUGGCCGGCGGGAUGUUCAAGCGCUGUCCCAGGGGACAGGCUCUGCCGCAGAACUUGCAAGGCAAGCUGGUCUGCAAUGAAAUGGUGAAAGCCAAAGCCCAGACCCUGCAAGCGAUCCUGCGCUCGCUGGUGCCGUGGCGACUCUUUGACACCCAGGCCAGUAUUGCCGGGCAUGGCCCCCGAGUGGUUUUCACUUCCGUGGACAUGGCCACGCCCUCCAACGCGGCGGAGAGGCUGGGGCCCUACGACAAGAUUCUGCUGGGCGCCCCCUGCACCGACGACAAGGCGCUCCUCCGCGGCGCGGGUGCAUCGCGCACCUGGUCCGCGGCCACGGCCAAGGUCAGCGCCGAGCGGCAGCUGAAGUGGCUGCACAACGCGCUGUGGCUCUUGCGUGAAGGGGGCAUCGUGCUGUACUUCAACCGGGCGUUGUCCGCGGAGGAGGGCGACAGGGUGAUCGAGCGCCUCUUCAAGAGAGUGGAGGGCACCUUUGACUUGGAGGUGAUGCCGCUCGAGGAGCUGGUGGCCUGUUUGGUGCCCGGCCUGGCGGCGGAGCCCACAGACUGGGGUGUGCACAUCAUGCCCGAUAGGACGUCCUUUGGGCCCAUGUUCUUCAGCCGAAUUCGGCUGGUUCGGCGCAUGCACCACGGCUGUGAGCAGUCGCCCUUCUUCUAGUCAUGUUUCACUGGCCGCUGCCUGUGAAAUGUCAGGCGGCCGCCCGCGGUAGAAGAAAAUCGAGGGAGCUCCGCCGGUGGUCCACUACCAAGCCUGAGCACUUGGGAGCU